UCCUUCCCCUUUUCAAUGAACCAUCCUGAUAGAACGCUGGAAGGAUUUUUUUUUUUAAAUGGUGCGCAAGCGCCAUGGUUGGAUUCACCGCGAUGAAGCGCCCGCUGCUGUCUCUACGGCUGUUACGAGUUGCUUCUCUGUUUCUCUUUGUUCUUUGCUGGGAAAGCAGCUCAGCAGAGACAAACUGGAAGAGAUUUUUGGUCCAGAUUGACAGAGCCGUGGAGAACUACAGACCAUGCAUAAAGGACAACUGUAGCUGCCACCAAACAGUUUGGGAACAGGACUUGGCUCCCUUUCGAGCGGGGAUCUCCAAGGAGUUGCUGUCAGAAGCAAUCAGCCGAAGGCUUGGGACAAACUACCAGAUCAUUGAGAAGAAGUUGUACCGUGAGCAUGAUUGCAUGUUCCCUGCAAGAUGUAGUGGGGUUGAACACUUUAUCCUGGAGAUCAUUGACCGGCUUCCAGAUAUGGAGAUGAUAAUCAAUGUGCGAGACUACCCACAGGUAUCCAAAUGGAUGAAACCAGUUGUCCCUGUCUUCUCUUUCAGUAAGACUUCAGAAUACUAUGAUAUUAUGUAUCCUGCCUGGACAUUUUGGGAAGGAGGCCCUGCUGUUUGGCCCAUUUACCCAACAGGACUAGGACGUUGGGAUCUAAUGAGAGAGGAUCUCAAAAGCUCUGCAAAAAAAUGGCCCUGGAAGAAGAAAAUUCCCAAAGUUUAUUUCCGAGGGUCCAGGACAAGUUCAGAGCGGGACCCUCUCAUUCUUCUGUCUCGAGAGAAUCCAGACCUUGUUGAUGCAGAGUACACUAAAAACCAAGCCUGGAAAUCUGAAAAAGACACUCUUGGAAAACCACCUGCUAAGGAAAUCCCUCUAGUGGACCAUUGUAAAUAUAAAUACCUCUUCAACUUCCGUGGUGUAGCAGCCAGCUUCCGUUUCAAGCACCUCUUCCUGUGUGGCUCACUGGUCUUUCAUGUUGGGGAAGACUGGCAGGAGUUCUUCUAUCCACAGCUGAAGCCUUGGGUUCACUAUGUGCCAGUCAAAUCUGAUCUCUCUGAUGUGAGGGAACUAUUACAGUUUGUGAAAGAAAAUGAUGAUCUAGCCCAAGAAAUUUCAAAGAGAGGUCACCAGUUCAUCAUGGACCACUUGCAAAUGGAGGAUAUCUCUUGUUACUGGGAAAGACUUCUGACUAAAUAUUCCAAAGCCCUGACUUACAAAGUUAAAUGGAAUAGUAACUACAGUGAGAUUUCUCCUAGACGUUUAAAAACAGAACUGUAAAACCCAUUAAGUUGGGACCAAAUCUUGUGGACGUUGUAAAAUCCAAAGAGCAGCAUAGUUUUGUUCAACUGGGGCUCUGUGUUUUUAUGCUGCCAAACUGUAGGGAAAAGUAUUAUUGGUACUUUGUUAUGUUAAACUAUUUAACCAGAUCCAGACUUUCCUUUUAAAUAAUGGUUGGUAGAAACUUUGUGGGGAGCCUGAGCUCUACGAAGUUCCAGCAUUGCUUUGAAGCUUCUUUUGAAGAGGAGGCUUGAGUUCCUUGAUAUUUGACUCAUUACUUCACACCAGCGUAAUCCCAUUGAGUGGUCUUGCCAGUUAUAUGGCGAGGAAUCAUCAUGACGUAAUGUUUAAUCCUGUGUUCCUGACACAGACAGACAUUAGUUCUUUGCAAGCAUGAAGAGUCUCAUAUCAAACGGAGGAACAUGACAUUUGUCUAUAAGAAUAGUAGGAAUAGAAAGGGAUUAUGAAGCACACAGGUGUAGAAAGCAUGUACUGAAUCAAUGCAUGAGUUGAUAGGUUGAGAUAAGAACAUAAACACCUAGUUGGGCUGGACCAAAAGUCGGUCAAGUGCUGGGUGUUGGAAGCUUACAUGGAGGUUGUGAGGGCAACUUGUUGUUUGUCCCUAGCUCUGGUAUUCGGAGUUACACUGUCUCUUUACAGGCAGGUUUCAUUUAGUUAGGACUAAACUUGAUUCGGUGACCUGUCCUCCAUGUAUUUGACUAAUUCCCUUGUAAAGCCCUCCAAGCAAGUGGCUAUUACCACAUCUUUUUGUAGUGGAUUCCAUAAUUAAGUUUGCAAGGAAUUACUAGUGUGUAUAUACUGCUUUCAACAACAAUGUUCUCAAAGUAGUUGAUAUACCAAAAUAAAUGGGUUCCUGUUCCAAAAGGGCUUACAAUCGAAAAAAGAAAUUCAAGAGACACCAGCAAAUAAUCACUGGAAAUGUCUCUGUGCUGGGAUGAAUUGGGUCAAUUGCUGCCCUACUGCUAAAUAUAAAAGAACCAGUACUUUAAAAAGUGCCUCUUUGCCCAGUUAGCAGGGUUUGACUGCUUCACUGUAUUUUCUGAAAUUAUUUUCUGCGCUUGGACUGUGAAGCUGUAUUCUGUUACACCCCUCGUCAUCGAUGAGAACUAUGUUUAAAUUGGUGGGUCACAGAGUAUGGUCUAAGGCAGGGAUUCUCAAACUUGGGUCCUCAGGUGUUAUUGGACUUCAACUCCCAUAAUCCCCAGCCUCAGUGGCCUUUGGUUGGGGAUUAUGGGAGUUGAAGUCCAAUAACACCUGAGGACUCAAGUUUGAGAAUCACUGGUCUAAGGUCAUACGAUGCAGCCACCUUACUGAAGCUAAGGAAGUCUUCAUGUGAUCAGGUCUGGAUGGGAGGACCCAUGUAUGCCACCUUUGGGGAUGGGGCCGAAGCUCAGUGGUCGAGCAUUUGCUUUGCAUGCAGAAGGUCUCAGUUUGAAUCCCUGAUAUCUCCAGGUAGGGCUGGGAGAGACUCCUGCCUGAAACCUUGGAGAAGCUGCUGCUAGUCAGUACUGAGCUAGAUGGACCAAUGGUCUGAUUUUGUAUAAUGUAGCUUCCUGUGUUCUUAUGGUGGGAGGCUUUCAGUUGGACUUGGAAUAGGGCCUUAUGUUUAAUUUAGGAGUGUUAGAAUUGUCUGCCUCAUAUACAGAUGAUAUAUUUUUUAAAAAAAAAUCUUAUCUCUUUCUUUGUAUUUUAUACUGCAGCUUCCCAAAUGCAGCAUAAGAAAAUGAUAAAGAAAAGUUCUUUUUCUUCUUGUCAUCAAUUUUUGUAUUACUUUACCCUUGGAAAAGUGCCUUUUGUUCAAUAUCAUUAGAAAGGCACUUCUGUUGAAAUAUUGGUAUAAGCAAAUUAUUACACUCUUAUCCCUUGCUUCUUCUAAGGAAGUAAGUGAUGUUGUCAAGAUAAUGUGUAGAGGGAGCAAUAACCCUAUGAGGUAGGAAAUACUGAGAGAGCAUGAUCAGCCCAAGAUCAGUCCCAAUGAGCGUCAUGCUUAAGUGAGAAAUUGAAACCAAAUCUUUCCAAUCUACGAAUCAAACUAGAUGUGAUGUGGGAGAUUAUGAUCUGCUUUCAUACUAAUCAGGGGCCCCACGUGCCUGUUUUGAAGCUCAGGGACUUGAUCGUUUGGGAUGGGGUUUUAACCCUUCCCGUGAUGGAAAUCACUUCCACAAAGCUGCUGUUAGUUGCAAAGAGGCAACAAAGGCAGGUAUAGCAGUUGUACUUUAUUCCCUUCUCCAUCACCCUGCAACAAUGGCAAGCCUGUAGUGAAAAUUGGCUUUGUCCCCUUCAUUAAAGAACAUGGAGGUCUGCAGCUACUGUAAAAGUUGCAGGUGGGUGGUAAGUGAAAGAGUUUGUAGUACCAUGAAGCACAAACUGAUCACCCAAAAUAUGUUGUGAAGCUGUUUCACACCAACAGGUUAUCACAUGAAAAUGGUUUUCAUGGGCAAUGACUUAAAUUGGCUCCAAGGAGUUGGCCAUAUUCUGUGUACAAGCCUUCACAGCCGAAGCAUGACUGGCCUUCUCCAGCCCUUAUUGGUGGUCUUGACAACUGGCAAAUGAUUUUGAGUAAUUGUCAUUUUGAUUCUGUUAUUUAGUCUUGUAGUAUGUAAAUGCCAGUUCUAAGCACAACUCUUGGCUUGGAAUCCUGCCUUUAUUCCAGGUGGAGCAGUGGGGAUGAGAUAUUUUAUGUAACAAUACCUUAUUGAUUGGCUGUAAUCUCUUGAGUAAAGUCAGCUAGACCAUACCUCAUUCACUUGGUGAAAAAGAACAUGGGUUGACAGUCAAACCAAACUUGCAGACACUGGGUAGGAAAGAGUGAAUAACCUAACAUGUUGAAGGAUUAAACUAGGAAGCAAAAUAGUGUGGAACUCUAGAGCAGAGACCAGGAGUGGUGUGCUUUGUUUUUGUUUUUAAGGCAAGACUUUUAACUUAGAGGGGAUUAGUUUGGGUGUAUUCUUAUAUUCUCUUGUCUUUUAAAUGAAGUUAUUUUUGUUUGAAAGGGGGAAAUGUAUUUUGUUGACUUGAUUAAUCUCCAAUAUGGAACAUUUUUAAUAGUUCUAUUUUCCCACCAUUACCAAGAAGAAAGGUCCUGGACAGUAGGCGGAUGUUCUAGUUCAGAUGAUGCAGUAAGUGGUGUGCUCUUUGCUCUGCUUUCUUCAUAAGAUUGUUUUGGGCAGGGUAGUCCUUGAGAAUGAGAAUAAAAUAAUUAUUGUAUCAUUUACACUUGAUAUGAAGCUGAUAUGAGUCUGGACUGUGACACUGGAAAUGAAGAACGUUUUAGGAAAGCAGAAGAGUUUUAUUUGGACAUCUAUUAAAAUCUAUUUAUUUUUUUUUACAAAAUUUGUAUUCAUAUUCACACAUACUUUUCAGCAAAUAUAUUAAAAAGUGACUAUCUUCUGUUUUCUUGUAUGUUUCCUAAUAGGUUGGCUUAGUUGUCACUGCCAUAGUCCAGAUUAAUGUCAUUCUAUUAAAAGUGGGUUGUGUUAUGGGUUCUCAAAUGUUUUUGAGAACCCAUUUUUUAUUCCAAUAAAUCUGUUUCAUCUUACAA